AUGGGGGUAGCAGAGCUUUGGGAUAUUCUUAAAACGGCAUCGUCGCCACGGGUUCCAUUGGAAGUAUUUGUCGACCAAUUCAUACUGGAACAUGGAAGAACUCCAAGAGUUGCCAUUGAUGCUUACAUGUUUAUUUUCCAACUGGACCAUAGUGCAAUACCUUUGGAAGAAAAAGCACAUAUUGUUGUACAAAAUUUCAUGUCCAAAAUCUUAGCUUUGAUUAGCUUAAAUGUUUCAGUUAUUGUGGUGUUUGAUGGUUGCUGCAAGCCAGACAAAUCGAAGUCAGGAAAUGGUACGUUGCUAUAUGAAGAUCAAUUUCGUGAAUUCACCGUAAAGGUUGCUAACAAUGAAAGGAACUUUUCUGAGGAAAUACCCAUAGUCGAAGAGAUCAAGGAAUUACUUCGACUAAAUAGUAUCCUAUACUGUCAGGCUCCGGGUGAAGGAGAAGCACAAUGUGCCCAUUUCCAGAGAUUAGGUGUAGUUGAUUUUGUCAUGUCCAAUGAUGUUGAUACGUUGGUUUUCGGAGCUACUAAGAUGUUGAGGAACUACAGCAGGUUUCUAGAAGAUAUAGGUCUGUCACCAUUGAAGAAGCAAGCAACAUUAAAAACUAGGUACUACGUUACCCCAAUAGAGAUGGACAAAGUAGAAGCUGUAACCGGGUUUUCGAGAUCAAGAUUAGUAUUCCUCGCUUCAUUAAGAGGUGGCGACUACUCGUCCGGUGUGCAAAGAAUUGGCAUUACAAACGCAAAGUAUUUGGCAUUGUGUGGUACGAAAUAUGGUUUGUUCUAUAAUCAACAAUCAGUGCAAGCUAAAACUACCAAACACUUGGUACUGCGAAACACGCCGAGGAAGUACUCGACUAAAGUGCCCCCUCCAGAUUUUGCUACGGAGUUCAUUGCAUGCUUUGUUGAAGUCACAGAGGAGGUGGGCCCUUUAUGGGAUUCGCGGCUUUCGGAAGCUUCAAGAAUGAAAAACUUGCAUGAGUUUUCGACUCGUUUUGCAUCAAUCCUUAAUGGGUCAAAUAGUCAUAUUUUUGGCAGAAACCUAACACUUAAGGAUACAAUCAAUUUGAAUGAAUACUAUACUUUGCUUUAUUUGUUUCCCUUUGUCGACACUCAAUUACCCCUAUUUGCGCCCAACAUGUUGAGUUCGGGAGAGUUUACCAGUCCAUUUGCGAAUGACAAUGGCUCUUUGACUGCUGGUGAAACUUUGCAAGAUACUGGGUUGUAUGUACCUGAGUCAUACAAUUGUCUGGUCAAACACAUUAUUUUCAAAUUAAUUAAGAAUCUUAACUUGUCGAUUGUAAAAGAUCGAGAAAAUGAAGUUCAAUUUAUCUAUAAUGUUUCAGAUGUAAGUCGACGUUUUCCAAAUUCAAUAGAGAAUAGGAGGCUGAUGUUCGAAGGAAGUCUAGAGAGUAAGUCUGGUUUCCUCUGGGUCCCAGUAUCAUUGGUUAAAUUGUUUUAUCCUCAACUCCUUCAACAAUACUAUCAAGAAAAAAAAGAUCUUGAAUAUUACAAAAAGCACAAGUUUUCUCCGCAAAAGACUACUUUGGACAUGUUGGAAAACUCUCCAACCAAAGCCACCAAACGCCACCAAACCAGUGUCAUUAAUCUCGAACCGAUCCCUUUUCAAAUGGUUGCAACUGAAACCGAAAUUAGAAGCAGAAAGUAA